UUCUUUCAACAGCGGCAACAGUGAGUCAGCCACCUCCGUAGCUUGCUAGCCAAAAUAGCCGAACCAAUCAAGCUCUGUAGACGCUUUCGUGUAUAUUAGCCAAUGUGUUUUAUACACACUCCUGUCGUCUAGUUAGUUAUCCGAUUUAAUUUCAUAUUUACGGUGUUGUUGUUAUUAGUCAACUAGCGGGCUGGUUAAGUUAGCAUUAGCAUUAGCCUAGCUAGCUAACAUCCCCGAACAUGAGCUCACUAAGCUACUCUCCUCCUGCUAAAGAAGAGAUCUGCUGGACGGAGAAAGAAGCUCUCGUGAAAGAGGAGGAGGAAGAGGAGGCUGUUACAAUACAAAAACAAGUAGAGGGUGAGACUGUUACCGUGAAAGAAGAAGAGAAAGACGUUACAGUGAAAGCAGAGGAAGACGCGUUCAGAGUGAAAGAGGAGGAGGAUGUUACAGAUAAAGAAGAGAAGGAAGAGAAAGAGGAGGAUGCAGUUUUUGGAGUGAAAGAGGAGGAAAGGGAGAUGACUGUCACAUCGAAGAAGGAGAACGAGGAAGAAGAAGAGGAAACUGGAUAUCUGGACCCGGUUUCCCAAACGCAUCUUAAGGGUUCUAACGAUGAAGUUAGCCGUAAGAUGGUUUUGGGAAAACGGGCCCUGAUUAACACUAGAGAGAGACUUGACUACUGUGGAUCCUCUGGGGAGUCUCUACAACAUCAGGAUGCUGACGAGGCAGAGAAGAGUCUCUCCACAUCAGAGGACCUCAAGACACACCAGCGGAGACCCACAGUGAAGAAAUCUCACCGCUGCUCUGACUGUGGGAAAGGUUGCAAAUCUUCAUCAGAACUUAAAAUACACCAGCGAGUACACACAGGAGAGAAAUCUCACCACUGUUUUGAUUGUGGGAAGAGUUACUUAAGAUCAAAUUCACUAAAAGUACACAUGAGAAUUCACACGGGAGAGAAACCUUAUAGCUGUGAUCAAUGUGGGAAGAGUUUUACUCGCUCAAACGGCCUGAUAGUACAUCUGAGAGCACACACAGGAGAGAAACCAUAUAGCUGUAUUCAAUGUGGGAAGAGUUUUACUAGCUCAAGCUGCCUGAUAGUACAUCUGAGAGCACACACAGGAGAGAAACAUUAUAGCUGUAAUCAAUGUGAGAAGAGUUUUACUCGGUCAAGCAGCCUGGUAUCACACCAGAGAAAACACACAGGAGAGAAACCUUAUAGCUGUGAUCAAUGUUGGAUGAGUUUUACUCAGGCAAGCAACCUGGUAUCACACCAGAGAACACACACAGGAGAGAAACCUUAUAGCUGUGAUCAAUGUGGGAAGAGUUUUACUCAGUCAAGCAGCCUGGUAUCACACCAGAGAACACACACAGGAGAGAAACCUUAUAGCUGUGAUCAAUGUGGGAAAAGUUUUACUACAUCUAGCCAUCUGACUAUACACCAGAGAACACACACAGGAGAGAAGCCUUAUAGCUGUACUCAAUGUGGGAAGAGUUUUGUUACUUCUAGCCAUUUGAUUUUACACCAGAGAACACACACAGGAGAGAAACCUUAUAGCUGUAAGCAAUGUGGGAAGAGUUGUACCCGGUCAAGCAACCUGGUAUCACACCAGAGAACACACACAGGAUUGAAACCUUAUAGCUGUGAUCAAUGUGGGAAGAGUUUUGCUACAUCUAGCCAUCUGACUAUACACCGAAGAACACACACAGGAGAGAAAUCUUAUAGCUGUAAUCGAUGUGGGACGAGAUUCUAUGAUAAAAGAUCUCUAAAUAAACAUCAGAAAAUACAUGAUGGAGUUGUUUCAUGAUAUCAAUGAAAUUAUGUCACAAUGUAGAAUGUUUAAACAUUGUAGUAGGAUUAUUUUAGUGAUGUCACAAUGUACAACCAUAAACGUCAUUAUGGGGUAUUGUUUGUAGAUUGAUUUGGAAAACAAUAUUAUUUAAUACAUUUUAGAAUAAGGCUUUAACGUAACAAAAUGUGGAAAAAGUCAAGGGUUUUGAAUACUUUCUAAAUGCUCUGAAUAUGCUGUUGGUUUACUGUUAGAAUAAGUUGUAUGACUACACCAAUACUGUUAAAGCAACGAUGCAGAGACCUAGAAAAUGCAUGGCCAACCUUGCUGCUAGAGAUCUAGCUACUGGGUGUGCAGGUUUCUGUUCCAGCCCUGCACUAACAGCUGACAUUGUGCUGAUUAUUUGGAUUAGACACUAUUGUCUAUUAAGUCAUGUCUUGUUGUGGAGUCAGAUGGACUUCUAAAUCCACGGCCCAUUUCCACAGCUGUUCUUUAUGAUAGGAAAUAAAGUGGGGAUUCACACAAUCAA